UUUUAUUGUGCGUGAGUAUCUAGAUCUACUGGUACCCCUCUAAAUACAAAGUCAUUUGUAGCUUUCGUUAUCGAAAAUAGAAUGGGGAUCACAGUGGAGUUGUGGAGAGCUCGCAUUGGGCAGUUCAGUGGUGGGAGGGGAUCACGACCACACAGUAAAGCUCCCUCGACAAAACAGCCUCUACACUUCAGUGAUACAGUGGGUACUACUGCAAAAGUUGUUCAAGGAGGCUUGCUUUUAUUGUUAAUUCUCAAGUUUCUGAGUUCUCACGACAAAUCACUUUUGCUAAAACGCACAAGAAAUGCUGGUCUCCUGAUGAUUGCCAUUGUUGGGUUGGUCCACUCUCUUGCCCAUCUCUUGCUGCUAGCUGGAGACAUUGAGAGCAAUCCUGGGCCACAAAUGGAUGAAGUUCUGACUCUCCAUGAGCAUCUAGAGGACGCUUGCAGCAAGCUAUUCAAGGCUCGUACAGAAUGGUUCAAUAUUGGGCUAACUCUCGGUGUCGAUGACAAUACUCUUACUGCUAUCCGCCAGGAGCAUUCUAGUAACCAUGGUGACUGUCUCCGAGAUAUGUUGGCUCAUCGUAUCAAAGCAACGGAUUCACUCACAUGGGGAGAUCUGUGCAAGAGUCUUAGACACGACACAGUAGGACACAGCGAUGUGGCUGAUGAAAUCAAAGCAGAUAACCUUGGGGUGGACUGUACGGACUCUCAAUUCAAACUACAGGAUGGAUUAACUGAGGAGUUGAUGGCAGCUGCUCAAAAUGGUCAUGUGAAGGGAGUGGAGGUGUUAAUUGCAGCAGGGGCUGAAGUGAACUUUCAAACUGAGGACAACCUGACAGCUCUGUAUGCAGCCAGUCACAAUGGACAUGAUGAGGUUGUGAGGGUCCUCUUAGCAGCCAAAGCUAUUGUCAACACUCAGGACAUGGUGGGACAGAGCCCUCUUUGGGUAGCCAGUUUCAAAGGUCACCAAACAUGUGUGGAGCUUCUAAUUGAUGCUGGGGCCAAUGUUGAUGUACCCAGAGAGGCCGAUGGAAUCACUGCGUUGAUCGUAGCUGCUCAGAAUGGUCAUGUGAGGACAGUGGAAGUGUUGAUUGCUGCAGGAGCUCAAGUUGACAUUCAAGAGAAGGAUGGAGGCACAGCAUUGUGUUUGGCCAGUCGGAAGGGUCACUGUGGAGUUGUUAGAAUGUUGUUGGAGGCCAAGGCUGACGUCCACAUCAAGACUAAUGAGAACUGGACAGCUAUGUUUAUAGCCAGUUACAAUGGCCAUGAUGAGAUAGUGACGGUCCUCUUAGCAGCCAAGGCUGCAGUCAACAUUCAGGACAAGUCGGGACAGACCCCUCUUUGGGUAGCCAGUUUUAAUGGUCACCAGAAAUGUAUGGAGCUCCUAAUCGAUGCUGGGGCCAAUGUUAAUGUACCCAGAGAGGAUGGAGGCACUGCGUUGAUGAUAGCUGCUCAGAAUGGUCAUGUGAAGGCAGUGGAAUUGUUGAUUGCAUUUAAGGCUCAAGUUAACAUUCAAACGAAGAAUGGAGGCACAGCAUUGUGUUUGGCCAGUCAGCAUGGUCACUGUGGAGUUGUUAGAAUGUUGUUGGAGGCCAAGGCUGACGUCAACAUCAAGGAUAAUGACAACCGGACAGCACUGCAUGCAGCCAGUGACCAUGGACAUGAUGAGAUAGUGAAGGUCCUCUUAGCAGCCAAGGCUACAGUUAACACUCAGUCCAAGUCGGGACAGACCUCUCUUUGGUCAGCCAGUUUCAGUGGUCACCAGAAAUGUAUGGAGCUCCUAAUCGAUGCUGGGGCCUAUGUUGAUGUACCCACUGAGGGUGGAACCACUGCGUUGUGGGUAGCUGCUCAGAAUGGUCAUGUGAGGGCAGUUGACAUGUUGAUUGCAUCAAAAGCUCAAGUUGACAUUCAACAAAAAGAUGGAGCCACUGCGUUGCACAUGGCCAGUCAGAAUGGUCACUGUGAAGUUGUUAGAAUGUUGUUGGAGGCCAAGGCUGACGUCAACUUUAGGACUAAUGGCAACCUGACAGCUCUGCAUGUAGCCAGUAGGAAUGGACAUGAUGAGAUAAUGGGGGCCCUCUUAGCAGCCAUGGCUACAAACACUCAGACUAAGACGACUACUGUUACCCCUGAAUACAAAGCCAACCCCCCUGUUACCCAUGAACACAAAGCCAACCCCCCUGUUACCGGUGAACACAAAGCCAACCCCCCUGUUACCGGUGAACACGAAGCCAAUCCCCCUGUUACCGGUGAACACAAAGCCAACCCCCCUGUUAUCGGUGAACACAAAGCCAACCCCCCUAUUACCGGUGAACACAAAGCCAACCCCCCUGUUACCGGUGAACACAAAGCCAACCCCCCUGUUAUCGGUGAACACAAAGCCAACUCCCCUGUUACCCGUGAACACAAAGCCAAUCCCUCUGCUACCCCUGAAUAUGAAGCCAUCCGUAGCUGCAGAGUGGAUCUGACAGAGAGGCUCUCUCCGUACUUUAAAGAUGUAGCUAAACACUUACGUCAGAGUGGAGCACUGACUGACAAACAAUGCCAGGAAAUCAUCAGUGCUGAGAUGCUCCUAAACUAUGUUCUUGUGGACAUCAAAGACCCAGACACCACAUUGGAUGCUUUUGCAGGCUUUGUGACAGCAAUGAAACAAAGUGGAAACACGUACUUCCAAACUUUUGUCAGGGACAAAAUUGAAGCGAAACGAAGGGACUUCUAUAGAGAAUUGCUCCAAGUUCCACCAGGUUUAAAGGCUCAGGAAUUCGAUGUCUUCAUCAGCUACAGCCAUGAGGAUGACACCAAACACACAGUGGACACUCUUUUGCGUCCUCAACUGGAGCUAAAAGGCCUCACUGUGUUUGUGGACAGAGAUAAUCUUCGUCCUGGGGACAAAUGGCGAUCUGAGAUUACCUCCGCCAUCAAAACCUGCAAAGCCUUCGUUGUUGUGCUCACUAAACGCUACGUGAGGUCCUUGUACUGCAAUGGAGAGUUUUACGAAGCAGAAGCUCUUGGCAAGCGUAUGUUCCCAGUGGUGUGCGAGAAGGGAUGGGAAAAGGUACCUGGAGGUGCUUCUGUGACGGAGAUAGUGAAGGAGGUUCAGUAUGUCUCUCUAGUGGCAGAGGACAGCGAGACACAGCUGACAGAUUUGGUCCAAAGUAUCAAAACGUCAGUCAGUGGAUAAACUGUGCGAGUAUACAUAUGAUUCUAAGUAGGUAUAGAUAGAUCUAUUGUUUUGUUAGCAAACUUAUACUUCUUGUUCUUAGCCUAUAGACAUGUAGAUCUUGCUAGGUAGAUCUUGUUAGCUAACUGCUGUAUUAUUUAUAGAUUUUGUACAUGUAUAUGUAGAUCUUGACUAUAAGAGUGUUGUUGCUUGGCCUAUAA